ACAGUUUGUGCAAGGGAGUAUAGGCUGUGUUGUCAGCCUAGUGUCAGUCUGAUGAAGAUUGGCAUUCAGACUCUGUGUGGAGGACCGGACACUAAGGCGUGGAAGAGCAGACGACAACAACAUUGACUGCUGCUGUGUUGCCGAGGGCAAACUUAACUGUCUCCAUGUGAAUCUGUCCCAUGAUGCAACAUGUGUCCCCAGCACUAACAAUGAUGGCCACUCAGAGCGUUCCUCCACCAUCGUACCAGGAGAGCCAACAGAUGACGGGCACCACCCAACAGAACUCCAAGGCCCAACAGGUCCACAUCUCAGCAUCCUCAGAAACUGGGAAUACCCCCAUCAAUGUGACACUUGACCCCCAGGCCCAGCUGGAGUCAGAUAAGCGGGCCGUUUACAGACAUCCCCUAUUCCCACUGCUGGCCCUGCUGUUUGAGAAGUGUGAGCAGGCCACCCAGGGCUCUGAGUGCAUCACCUCUGCCAGCUUUGAUGUGGACAUCGAGAACUUUGUGCAUCAGCAGGAGCAGGACCACAAGCCAUUCUUCAGCGAGGACCCCGACCUGGACAACCUGAUGGUGAAGGCCAUCCAGGUGCUGAGGAUCCACCUUCUGGAGCUGGAGAAGGUCAACGAGCUCUGCAAAGACUUCUGCAACCGCUACAUCACCUGCCUCAAGACCAAGAUGCACAGCGACAACCUGCUUCGCAAUGACCUGGGCGGGCCCUACUCGCCCUCGCACACCUCGCUCAGCCUGCAGCAGGACCUCCUCCAGACAUCCUCUCCGUCCAUGACAUCAGUCUCCAGCUCCGUCAACUCCUCGGGCAUCAUGAUGCCCACCGGGACCCUGCAACAGGGUAACAUUGCCAUGACUACCAUCAACUCCCAGGUGGUGUCAGGUGGCACCUUGUAUCAGCCGGUUGCCAUGGUGACGUCGCAAGGGCAGGUGUUAACCCAGGGACUGUCCCAGGGGACCAUCCAGAUCCAGAAUUCACAGGUAAACCUGGACUUGGCUUCACUCUUGGACAGUGAUGACAAGAAGCACAAGAACAAGAGAGGGGUCCUGCCCAAGCACGCCACCAACAUCAUGCGCUCCUGGCUCUUCCAGCAUCUCAUGCAUCCCUACCCAACAGAGGACGAGAAAAGACAGAUUGCAGGACAAACAAAUCUGACCUUAUUACAGGUCAACAACUGGUUUAUCAACGCUCGCAGGCGCAUCCUCCAGCCCAUGCUGGAUGCCAGUAACCCAGACCCAGCUCCCAAGGCUAAGAAGAUGAAGUCCCAACACCGUCCAACCCAGCGCUUCUGGCCAGACUCCAUUGUUGCUGGCGUCUUGCAGACACAUGGACCUCACUCUAACAACGCUGACAACCCCUUAGGCUUGGACAGCCUCCAGCCCCUGUCCUCUGACUCAGCCACCCUGGCCAUGCAGCAAGCAAUGCUGGGUGGAACCGAUGACUCCAUGGAUGGCACAGAGGAAGAAGAGGAGGAGGAGGAGGAGGAAGAGGAAGUGAUGGAGGAGGAAGAGGAAGAUGAGGAGGAGGAAGAGAGCGAGGGAGGGAGACGUAUAUCUGGCGGCGGAGGAAGGAGAGAUCUGGGCAUGGAGCAUAGAGAGGGGCUAGAAUUGGGCGUCAAGAUGUCCAUCGCUAAUGCAGCCGCGCAGGCCAUGCUGUCGGAUGCCUUGCUCCGGGACGGCGCCGGGGGCAGUCAUAUCGGUCACCUGGAGCUGGAGCUGCCGCUCGACAGAGUCAUCAAGUUUGUGUCCGUGGGGCUGCCCUUGCUGCUGGUGUCCAUGGCCUUCGCUCGCGAAAUCUCCAUCGGUCCACAGAUCAGCUGUUUCCCACCUAACAACUUCACAGCCAGGCAGGCAGCCUAUGUUGACACGUACUGCUGGGACUCCCUGAUGCACCAUGAGUUUGACACAGAUGGAAAGUUUGAGGAGCGAUCCCUCUGGGUGCACAAGAUUUUCCCUUACUCUCUGUUGGCUAUGACCAUGAUGAUGUACCUGCCUGCCCUCAUCUGGCGUUUCCUCGUGAUGCCAUCGCUGGGCUCUGACCUGCUCUUCAUCAUUGAUGAGCUGGACAAGUCCUACAACCGCUCCAUACGAUUGGCUCAGAGCAUCCUGGAGAUGCGACAGAACACCCAGAACCCCCUCACAUUCCAAGCCGAGCUUGAGAGGGCCAAGAGGAAGCGCUACUUCGAGUACCCCCUGUUGGAGAGGUACAUGCAGAGCAAGCAGAGCUCCUACUUCCUGGUCAGCAUGCUUUUUCUCCGCGGCUUCCUGUUGCUCACCUUCAUGUCGGCCGCCUGCCUCUACCUCGUCUAUUUCCACCUGUCCGCCUUCCUCCGGGACGAGUUCAGCUGCUUCGUCCGCACGGGCCUGCUGCGUGACCAAAACUGGGUUCCCGAGCUGGUCCAGUGCAAGAUGACCGGCCAACUGGUCUUCCAGGUGAUUAGCGUGGCUAACGGCGCUAUCUAUGUCCUGCUGGUGCCUAUCGUGCUGUUCAGCUUGGUCCGCCUCUUCUGCUGGGAUACGGCUCUAUUGUCGGUGUAUGAGGUUCUCCCCGCAUUGGGCCUCAACAGCGGUCACAAACUGGGCUGCCCGCUCAACGACCUCAACGUUCUUUUACUGUUUCUGCGCGCUAACGUGGUGCACCUGCAAUCUUAUGGCAGACUGAGGGCUAUAUGCUCGCUGGCACCCCCACAGAUCGGGAAGGGGAAUGGCAUGAAGGGUGUGAGGAUGCUGACGGAGGAGGAGAUUGAGGAGAGGGCCGAGAUGGCGCAGGAGUUGGAGGAGGACGUGGAGGAGCUGCAGGAGGAAGGGAAGCUCAACCUGGUGGACAUCAUGACCAUCUUAGGAGCGGCCCGGGGAAACGCUGUCAACUGCACAGAGUCCAGGCCAUUGGUGGAGGAGAAUAUGAGUCUGGAGCCAAACAACCAGGGGUACCAUGAGUUGAAGGAGACUGCACCAUGUAAAAAUGACUAAAUCACCAAUGGACAUCAAUGUGACACCAAUCAAUGUGGAUGAAGGAAAAAUAUACUGAACAAAAAUAUUAACGCAACAUGCAACAAUUUCAAAGAUUGUACUGAGUUACAGUUCAUAUAAGGAAAUCAGUCAAUUUAAAUAUGUUUCAGGCCCUAAUCUAUGGAUUUCAAAUGACUGGGCAGGUGUGCAGCCAUGGGUUAGCCAGGCCCAGCUAAUCCGAAUUCGUUUUCCCCCCAAAAAAGGGCUUUAUCACUGACAUAAAACCCCUCAGUUUCAUCAGCUGUCUGGGUGGCAGGUCUCAGACAAUUCCGCAGGUGAAGAAGCCGGAUGUGGUGGUCCUGUGCUGGAGUGGUUACAUGUGAUCUGCAGUUGUAAGGCCGGUUGGAAUUACUGCCAAAUUCUCUAAAACAAUGUUGGAGGCGGCUUAUGGUAGAGAAAAUAGCAUUUAAUUCUCUGGCAACAGCUCUGGUGGACAUUCCUGCAGUCAGCAUGUCAAUUACAUGCUCCUUCAAAACUUGAGACAUGUGUGACGUGUUGUGUGACGAAAUUGCAUUUUAGAGUGGAUUUUUUUUUGUGUAAUAAUCAUGCUGUUUAAUCAGCUUCAUGAUAUGCCACACCUGUCAGGUGAAUGGAUUAUCUAGGCAAAGUAGAAAUGCUCACUAACAGGGAUGUGCACAUCAUUUGAGAGAAAUAAGCUUGUUUGUGACUCAAACAUUUCUGGGAUAUUUUAUUUUAGCUCAUAAAACAUAAAACUACACUUUGUAUGUUGCAUUUAUAUUUUUGUUCAGUAUAGCUAGGUUUAGAAGAUUAGUUAAAAAAGACUUAUUAACCCUGGAGAGAAGUGAGGGACGGUGUUCUGUACUCUGAGGAAUUGUUCCAAAAAGCCUCCAUUAGAAUGAAAAGCUUGGUGGUUGAGUUGAGCGAUGUCAUUUUUUGAUGUAUGACUGAGCUUUUGGGUCAUUGGGACUCUUAACUCUCUAAACUUAAUUUCCACCACAGAUUUCCUAUUUGUCCUUUAUGGAUAUGCUAUGUACUGUACUUGUUAGAUUUUGUGAUUUGUCAAAAGGUAAAGUUCUAUCUGUGAAACGUCUACAGGUAACAUUUGAUAGGCUCUAUGUCAGAUACAAAUGUAAUGAAUAAAGUUAUUUUUAUGACUGUUGUGUUAAACAGCA